CCGGACAGGACAGAGCUGGGGCCCACUAUAACUCAGGGGGCGACACAUUGGCUGCAUCAUUAUUCUUUUUGGGUAUCUAUUUGGCCUCUUCAGGGGCUUCUGGACUCUGAGGAGAACCUAAAGAUCUCAUUAAGGGCCCCUAGGACCCCCUAUAGGGUUCAGAAACAGCUCCAACUAGAGUAUGGGCAAGGAAGAACACCCUCAUCAGGACCUCUAACUGUCCUUAGACUCUACUGGUAUCACCCCUUAUAAUUUUACACCACUUUUCUAUUAUAACUUUAUUCUCACCAUUAUCUGGACCGCUUCUCUGAACCUUUCCCUGUGUUACGUGACUUUUUACGGAUUUACAGCAAUUUCACCACACGACUAGUAAUGAACUGACCCUGGGACCUAUAGCUGGAUACAUUGUAUCUGUUUGGAUGUUGACAAUGAAACGCUUGGCUUUCUGUCCCCUCCUGCUGGCAUUGAGCUUACACUAUGGAAUCUGCUGUGGCGAGCAGGGGAUUAGACUGGAGACCCUUCCAAGUGAUGCGCAAGAUAUUACCUGUACAGGGGAUCUUCAGUGCAAUUCCUCGGAUACGUUCUGUAUCGGCGGAGAGAUAGAAACGGCAGAAUUUCCGGUUUUGGUACCAACGGAUAUAAAAGCGAAAACCGUGAAGAGGUGCGAUGAUAAGGGUUGUCGGCUCUGCGUUCAAGUCACGAUGGAGAUGUCUGUGGCCUUCAUAUCAGAAUUCUCUGAUGAGCUCGGCUCAGGUGACUGUGGCGACUACGACUACGAUGAUCUUGAAUAUUCAGAAGAAGACGAUGAACUGACAAAUGUGAGCCUGUAUAUAAGGGUUGACAAACCCAGCAAUGAUUCCUUGCUCUGUGCCAACCUGUUUAUACUGCGGGAAUUUCCAGCCAGCUAUUUCUGCCCCUUGGUGAGGGUUUCAUUGCCUCACUCAUCUAUUCCACGGAGAACAGGCACCGACAACAGCAUUAAAGUGGGAUCCAUAGUGUAUAAUACAGUUAACGCAAUACCUGGCAACGAGCUGAAUAUAACGUCAUACACCUACCCAAAGUACAAAGAGGAACUCAAUGUGCACCAUAACUUGCCAGGUUGCCGUGAAAUAGACCAAGAGGAAAACAUUGUGGAAUGUGAAGCACCCACCCUGGAGUUUGAUGGCAUCGAUGACGUGUCUGUUGGUGUAGCUCAAGGAACCACUGCCAGGAACAUAACAUUACGAGUCUAUUAUAAAUCCAAGUAUGAUGGAAAUGACACUUUGCACACAUUAUAUGGAGAUCAGCGUUACAUCGUCCCUAAGGCAGACAUUGUGCCAUGUUUGUGCUUUCAGGCGUGGUACAGUGACAUAGUGAAUGUGGCGGAUGCUGUCAGAAACGAAUGCUGCCCAUUUACAAACCAUUCAGAGGAGAAAGUUCUGAGGGACAGUGUCUUCUCCGUAACCAUAAAGGACAACAUGGCGCUCUAUCACCUGUUGGCGCCUUGUGAUUUAUCCGCUGAACUAUCACUUUGUUGGAAAGCCGGUGACCACUCAUCCUGCCAUGAGAUUCCUCACACCAGGAAGAAGAUAUUAAGCCAGCAAAUUGGAUCCUUGAAGCUGGAGCACCUGCACCCAUCACUCUGUCUUCAGGUGUCCGUUAAAGAGAAAGUCUUGCAUACCUCCUGUUUACCAGAGUCAAGACAAAAGCGGAAUGAAGACAACGUCCUCGUCCUGAAGCAUGACCUCAAAAGCACUUCUUUCUGCUUUGUGGGACAAAACAAGACCAUUACUCUGGAAGAAGCAACUGAACAGAUGAGAAGAGGAGUGGAAUUCCUGGAACAGAAGAUAGUGGGGGACAUCAUCACAGAGCAGUGUGUGAGGAUCUUCCAGUUGGAUGAAAAUCGUGAGUUCUACGCCUGUAAUGUGGCUAAGUAUAUAAGGUCCAGAUGGAAUUGGUCCCGGGUGUUGUGCCUCUUGGCCAUCGCUUGUGUGCUGCUGGUUUUACUCCUAAAGAAUGAGAAUCUCAUAAAGUGGUUAAAGGCGAUGACUGCAGAAAAAUCUCCCCGUGAAAUCUUCAAUAAUCGUUCAGUCUUAAUUCUCUAUUCUCCUGAUGACGAAGAAUAUGAAGACCUGGUGAGAAUAUUUGCCUCUUCUUUGAAGGAUCUCCAGUUGGAUGUCGUCUUGGACCAGUGGCAUCGUAUUGAUAUGAGUAAAAUUGGUCCCCUGCCUUGGUACCACAAGCAAAAAUCGAAAGUUUUGGAGAAAAAUGGCUUGAUCAUCCUCCUUUUCUCUGAAGGAGCCAGAAAGAGGUACAUUGCAUAUCAGGCACAGGACGCAACGCAACACAAGGACCCGGAUCCUUACCAGUCAUUUGGAGCUGUGCUAAACUGUGUACAGUCUGAUUUUUGCAACCAGAAGGCCAAAGGGCGCUAUCUUGUUGCCACUUUCAGUCCCUCCUGUCCGGAUGUUGUCCCAGAACCAUUCACAUCAGUCCCCAUCUAUGAGUUACCAUUAUGUCUUGAAAAGUUAUUGAAGGAAAUUGCAGGAGUCAAUGUCAAAAAACUUGGCCGUAAGCAAGCAAAGAGACUUUCCAACACAAUCCGGGAGAGACUGUCCGGCAAGGACAAACCAAAACUGACAGGCAGUGUCGCGGUGGAAUUACAGCCCUUAGUGCAGAGUCCAAGUAAAGUUUCAUAAAAUAUGGUGGAGGAUGCAAGUACACAUAAGCUGAAGGACAAACUUGACUCAGAAGCGAGUGAACAACAGUGUUCAAUUAAAGGGCUGAAGGAACCGGGAUGUUGCCCAGAAGUCCUGACCGCUCCUCUUGAUGAGUCAGGAAUGGUACGAGACUGGCGCUGCGUUCAGCAAUUUCUCAAUUUGUUUCUAUGAAACGUGACUGUUUUCGCUGUUGUCUGUAUAUGUAUUUUUGUUGUAAUUAUUUCUUAAUUUGUGACUCUCACCUGGGAUUUCAAGAAAAUUAUCGUCAUGAUAAUGAGAAAAUA